AUGCCGUACUCUCGCGCAAUCUCAGCCUCGCCAGCCCGCAAACGGGCCUCUAGCCCCAGCCAGCGUCCCAGUCUAAACUGGUGGCUUGAUUGCGUCGUUGGUCUCUUCUUCACCACACCUCGUCAUACCGACUUUGCUGGUUGCUGCGAGAAAUUCGCCCGGGUCAGACGACUAGUGGUGACUUCUGGUGUACAUGAGACUGUUGGCAUUCGUCAACGUCGUUUGCUACGUCGUUUGGUGAGUUCUGCCUCUGGCUUGUGUGGAGGAAUAAUGGAGCUAUUCAAGCACAUUGCCCCCAUGGCAUACAUGACGGAGGAGGUGAAGCCGCUCUUCAACUCCUCCAUCGCGCUGCUGGGUCAGCUGACCGUGACGAAACCGGAAACGGAGAUGUCCAUCUCCAAAGCCGACAGUCUUUUGCAUGAGUUGAAAAUGGAGAAAAAACCGGUGCGUAAACUGCGCUUCGUCUGCUUCAAGGAUGUUGUCCUCGUCUACCGCGUGACGUCGAUGGGUCUUCUGAAGGAGGAGGAGCGCCUCGACUACUCGGACCUGCACGUCGUCUACCACCAGCCCAACUACCCACUUCUGUUGGUUGUUGGUGUGUGUGUUGUCAAGCGAAAUUUGGCCUAUUGGCUGAUUUUGCGUUGCAAGUCACUGGCCGACUACAACCUGCUCUGCUUCACUCUCAAGUCGGGAGUCCUGUCUCAGGCGUCUUCAUCUUCGACGGCCGAGGCGAACAUGCUCCGUUCCACCGUCAGACCCGAGACGAGAGACUCUGCUCAGCAACGUCAGUCGUUUUGGGCCAGUUUCGGCAACGACCGCCUCGAGCCGCAAACCCUCGCGAACGGUGCUGCGAGUCUGCAAUCGAGUGGCUCUCUGAUCCGUCCAUCAAUCUCAGAUCCGAUUCAGCCAACCGUGAACUUGUCGGCCAGUUCACCAGUCCACUUGAGCAACGAAGCCGGCCUCAACGAAUGGGCCGGUCUGAACGAGGUGAGGAUUCGAACAAAGAAUACAACCGCUCGGCUGGCAGCAGGUUCGGCCGAUAUCGGAGCCUUCGGCAGACUGUCUGAGGCCGCCGGUACUGCCAGCAUUCUGGAUUUGGAGACGUCGCCGAUAGUAGCCUCACCUCAGCCGCUCAUUCGUGCCAGCCAACCGCCCAGUUUAGAUUCGCUCGGCAGAUUCGCCGGCUUCCUCAUCUUCCAGCAACACCGGGUCACUCUACAGGCCCAGUUGGUCGUCGAGAUGGACAACAAGUUGAAUCGAGCCGACGUGGAACAACUGGUCCUCGAGCAUCAGAACACCAAGCCGCUCGGCGUCUACGACCUGGUUUGCACGGACACAUCGGUCAUUCUGUAUCUCAGCAAACUGCCUGCACCCGUGCUCUCCAGGCCCGUCAACUCGGCGGAAAAGGCUCAUCUGCAAACGCCCAACCAAUUCUUGCGCUACAGAGCCAUUCAAGAGAUAUUCAUGUUUUCAAUAGCACCCUGUAUGAUGGCGAUCAAGGUGGGCCGGAAGAAUGCACAAACCUCGCUGAAAAUCAUCCGAUUUCCAGACGACUUGCGACUCACCAACGUGGCCCACCUG